CGGGCAGCAGCGCGGCUCGUCCCUCAGCAUGCUUGAGUCUCUCCCUCUCGAGCUCCUGUGCGACAUGUUCACCUCGCUCGACAUAGGAUCAAUCCUCAACCUCCGACACGUCAGUCGCCGUCUUCGGGAGGCGGCGGGCGCAGUCCCGGCGUACGUGUUCGCUACCGAGCACGGCCUGGACGCCGUUCUAGCACUCUUCUGGUCCGGACUCGGGCCGCACUUCACCUUGCACGACCUGGACAACGCUCUCCGAACCGAGAACUGUGCUGUCCCACGCUGUGACAGAUUCGGGCACUUCGUCUUCCUCCCCACACUAAAGAGGGUUUGCUUCGGCUGCCUUGGGCAUCAACGAGAGUUCUCAUUUCUACUCCUCGGCAGGGUGGACAUUGCAGAGUCUCAUAGUUCGGAGAAAUCUGGACUGGUGCACGUCAUGCACACGCUUCCUGGCUUCUAUUCGGAGGACAAGACGGCGUAUCAUAAACAACGUCACCACAUUGUUGCCGGACUCGACUCGGUCAAGCCGAGGGACCCGGACCAGGGCCACUAUGGCUGGCCCUGCAGAUUUCGCUAUCUGGCGGCAAUAGCGCUUCCAUUUCUCGAAUGCAGCGGGUCCCAGGUUCGUAGUCAUCACACCGUCUUCUGUAAUCGUUGCUCGGGAUAACAAGUUGGGACCAACCGGUCGUGCGCGCUGGCUGCAUGGGCGCACCAAAACGCUGCCCCAGUUGGUAAACCGGAUGUAUGACCACCGAACAUACUUUGAGCUCUUCAAAUGGUGUCGCUAGGCGCAGAUACUGUGGGAAGGGAAGGAAGUUGGCUCGCUCUCCUUAUGAUGCGGCAGGGCCAAUUCAAUCUAGAUAGCCCGCCAUUAAGCUGACCCCACCAGCAC